AUGAAAAUCCUGCUUAGUGACGUUCUGCUGCUGAGCCUGCUCUCCAGCGUGUUCAGCAGCUGUCCCAGGGACUGUCUCACCUGCCAGGAGAAGCUCAGCCCAGACCCUGGCAGCUUUGACUUGAAGGCAUGCAUCCUCCAGUGUGAAGGAAAGGUCUUACUCCGUCCUCUCUGGACUGCAUGUGCCAAAGUCAUGGCCAGUGACCCUGGGCAGCUCAACCCUGCUGACCCAGAGCUCGUGACCGCUGCUCUUUACCAGCCAAAAGCUUCGGAGAUGCAGCAUCUGAAGCGAAUGCCCCGGGUCAGGAGCUUGGUGCAAGCGGCAGAUACGGAACCUGGCACUGAUGAUGCCGACGAGGUGGAACAGAAGCAGUUGCAGAAGAGGUUUGGGGGCUUCACUGGGGCCCGGAAGUCGGCCCGGAAGUUGGCCAACCAGAAGCGGUUCAGUGAGUUUAUGAGGCAGUACCUGGUCCUGAGCAUGCAAUCAAGUCAGCGCCGGCGCACUCUGCACCAGAAUGGCAUCCAGGUGACCCCCCGAACAGCAUGUGUCCACACUCAGAAGUGCCGGCCGGGAGUCAGGAUUCCUUCUUCCCUGAGGCAUUGA